AUGGCAUACAGAAGACAAAGGCGCAUUUGGGAAUACUGUUGGAUUGCUCUGAGCUUUUCUUUGCUGCUGUGCUUCGUGAUGCAGGUGUCGGCUCAAAUAAGGUAUUCUGUGUCAGAGGAGGUGAAAGAGGGAUCCAUGGUAGGAAAUGUUGCAAAGGAUUUGGGUCUUGAUGUCAGUAGUCUAGCACAGCGAAAGUUCCGCAUCGUUUCAGGAUCCAAAGACAUUCUAUUCCAGGUAAACCAGAAUAAUGGCGUCUUAUAUGUUCAUAAGAAAAUCGACAGAGAGCAGCUCUGUGAUGGCAAUGGUGUCUGUUUGAUCAACUUGAAAAUUGUGGUAGAAAAUCCGCUGGAGAUUCAUUACGUUGGAGUAGAAGUGACGGAUGUUAAUGAUAAUUCUCCCACUUUCUCUGAGAGGGGGCAGCAUUUUGAAAUAGCGGAACACACACCGACAGGGACGCGCUUCCAAAUGCAGUCAGCCCGCGACGCUGACACAAGCAUUAAUAAUGUUCGAUUGUACAAACUGAGUCAGAAUGACCAUUUUGAUGUUGAGGUCAGAGACAGAGAGGAGGAAAAAAUUCCUUUUUUAAUACUGAAGAAACCACUUGACCGGGAAAACAAAGCAGAACACAGAUUACUGUUAACUGCUAUCGACGGUGGAAAUCCACCAAGAUCUGGCACCCUGAACGUCACAGUGACUGUUCUUGAUACCAAUGACAAUCGUCCUGUAUUCAGCCAGGAGACCUACACACUAAGGCUACAGGAAAAUGUCCCAAUUGGUACACUCGUUACUCAACUUAAUGCAACCGACUUAGAUGAGGGAUCGAAUGGUGCCGUUGUGUACUCACUUGGAAGGAAUCUUGAGCGUAAAGUGCUUGAUAUCUUUCAUUUGGACAGUGCAACAGGAGACAUUAUUGUUAAAGGUAAAAUAGACUUUGAGGAAACUGAGGUUUUCAAGCUAGAUGUUCAGGCUUCAGAUGAAGGUCAGCCUCCUUUAACCGCUGAAUCUGUGGUUAUCAUUAAGGUAACAGAUAUAAACGAUAACGCCCCAGAUAUAGAAAUGAUUUCGUUCUCGAAACUGAUACCUGAAGAUUCUAAACCUGGAACUGUUAUUUCGUUAAUUAGUAUAACAGAUAAAGACUCGGACAUUAACGGUAAAAUACUGGCGAGCAUUUCAAAAAAUGUCCCAUUUGAGCUGAAGCCAUCAUUUCAAGAAAACAUGUAUUCUCUCGUAACAAAGGGACAAUUAGACAGAGAACUGAUGUCCCAUUGUGACAUUACAAUAACAGCUACAGACUUAGGCCAGCCUCCUCUGUCGACCUUUAAAACACUGACCGUGCACGUGGCAGAUGUUAAUGACAAUAUGCCAGUUUUUUUGCAUAGUCCUCUUGAACUGUAUAUGAUCGAAAACAAUGCACCGGGAGCGUCAAUAUUUUCUGUGAGUGCUUCUGACAAAGACUUGAACGAAAACGCCAUAAUCUCAUACCAAAUCAUAAGAGGGGAUCAGACAAAAAAUGACAUGACAUCUUUCAUUAACAUUAAUCCCGAGAACGGAAAUAUUUACGCCUUAAAAAGCUUUGACUUCGAAACCAUCAAGACUUUCAACUUUCAAGUAGUUGCGACAGACUCUGGUACUCCAUCUCUUAACGGUAAUGUAACCGUAAACGUAUUUAUUUUGGAUGAGAACGACAACGCUCCAGUGAUAUUAUCUCCAGUUAGUACUAACGGUUCAACUGAAGCUGUGGAAGAGAUUCCCCGUAAUGUGAACGCAGGCCAUUUGGUGACCAAAGUCAGAGCAUACGACGCUGAUAUUGGAUACAACGGAUGGUUGUUAUUCUCACUGCAGGAAAUUACUGACCACACUCUCUUUGGUCUGGACCGCUAUACAGGACAGAUAAGGACCCUGCGCUCAUUCACCGAAACAGAUGAGGCUGAGCAUAAACUGGUCAUAGUGGUCAAAGACAAUGGGAACGUUUCACUCUCAGCCACAGCUACUGUGAUUAUCAAGGUCGUGGAGCCCAAAGAAGCUUUUGCAGCUUCCGAUAUUAAAAGCAUGGAACAAAACCACGAGGAGAAUAGCCUAACAUUUUAUUUGAUAAUCACAUUGGGGUCAGUUUCAGCAUUAUUUCUGGUUAGUGUAAUCGUUCUGAUUUCAAUGCAAUUCUCCAAAACUUCAGAAAAUUCAUCUAAGUAUUUGCAAGAUACAAAUUUUGACGGGACCCUGUGUCACAGCAUUCAGUACAGAUCUGGAGACAAACGAUACAUGUUAGUAGGGCCGAGGAUGAGUGUCGGAUCUGCUUUAGAUCUGAGCAGCAAAGGGAACACUCUCGUGCUAAAUCGUGGGGGAGGAAGUUGUGAGGAGGUAAGGAUCGACGCUAUCAUAACACUUAAUAAACAUAUAUUGCAGUUCUUUUUCAAUAUAAGCUGUGCCUAA